UGUAAAAGAAAGGUAUGCCAUGUGCUUUGUGUGCCGAAGUGUGAAGUGAUUUAUGAUACUUUAUACUUAGAACUAACGUGUAGAAUAUGUAAGAAGUUCUAAAUUAUAAAUUGUAAUAACGCAAGGUAUUUAGUGUUAUUGUGGGUGAAGUAAGGUUUCGCAUCAAAGAAUGGAUAUCUCGAAAAAUUUCUCUUCGCUAGGACCAUACUGAAAUACAACAUGGAGAUUCUACAUUACAGAUGCAUCACAAAACGCAUGAAGUACUCAUCACAUCGCGAUAAAAAAAAGCUUUAGACCACCACGUACAGGACGUGGAAGUUUCUUCAGAACUCCUGACUUCAAUAGAACCAUGGCCUUCGAGAUCGUGCUCUCUUCCACGGAAGAAAUUAAGGACACUUUCUUGUCGGAUCUUGAAGACCUGCCAAGCCUCAAGAUUGGAGAUUAUAUUUUGCAAUUAGAACUAAACGACCUGUCUCCUGAAGUAAAGGAAAUAGCCAGGAAAGAACUUCGGGAGACGCCUGAAGUUAGCAAAGAAGCAGUUAUCGCACUCAGAGAUCUUCUUCGAGAGGAAAAAGACCUCAAAUGUCCUUUGGACAGCGACACGUGGCUCAUACGAUUCCUUCGGCCGUCCAAAUUUUACCCUGAGAGCGCAUUUGAAUUGGUGAAGCGGUACUACCAAUUCAAGCAGAAGCAUAGUAACGUGUACGAUUUGCUGGUCCCAAGCAAAAAUAAGAAUAUAUUUGAUCACAACAUCCUCACUGUUUUGCCGUACAGAGACCAGUUUGGUCGUCGCAUUUUGAUACUGGAACUAGGAAAGAAAUGGAAACAUAACAAGGUUUCGUUGGACGAGGUCUACAGAGGCUGUGUUUUGUUCCUCGAGUGUGCCAUGCUGGAGCCUGAGACACAGGUUGCAGGAGCUGUGCUGAUAUUUGACAUGGAGGGCCUUUCCCUGCAACAGGUGUGGCAAUUCACACCUCCAUUUGCCAAGAGGAUUGUUGAUCUCCUCCAGGACGCAAUUGCUUUGAGAAUUAAGAAUAUUCACGUAGUUAAACAGCCAUAUAUAUUCAACAUGGUGUUUGCUCUCUUCAAACCAUUCCUCAGGGAGAAACUCCGAAGCAGGAUCAUCUUCCAUGGCAAUGACCUCGACUCCCUGCACAACUACUUAAGCCCAAAGUCGCUACCCGCUCAAUACGGAGGAACUCUGGAAGUGCCACUCAUCGAAGGUCUUCAGUGGUACAAAAUUCUUUCCAAGUGUGAGAAGGAAUAUGAAGCCAUCAACUCUUAUGGCUACAAGAAGGAUGUGGAGUCAAAGAAGUAAGCAGUAAAGGGAGAUGAAGUAAUUUGUUGCGAGAUUUAAAGCUUUCGUGGUGGCGACUAUAAUGACGACGUUCUUCGGGGUUUUGGCUCCACGUGACCGGAGUUGAUGCCGUCAUUUCAGAGAAAUAUAUCUCCUUAUUCAGGAAGAUGGUUUAUUACUCUGAAACGCUGGCAUAUGCCGACCAACACCAAAAUCCCGAAGAACAUUAUCAUUAAAGUCUUUUUUCCCUUCAGAAGUUGAUUAUUUGUAAGGAGUUCAUAUGGAAAAUGAGGAAUUAGUCGUGACUUCAUUCCGAUCCAUAGAUAAGAUCCUUCAAGCAAUAUAUCUCCGUAUGUUACUCGUCAAAUUUCAGUAUACGCAGAACAAGUUUUUCCAAAUGGUAACACAAAAUAUUGCAUUAUUCCAAGUAUUUUUACAUUCCAAUAUUCUAUAUCGUGCAAUAUUCGUAUUAACACGAACUGUAAUGGUGGAGUACAGAACAGAAAGCGCUGUACAUUACAUUCGAAAACUUUUCGCGUAUGACUGAUGAAAAUUUUUCUAUUAUGCUGUGUGGGUUAAAAUUAGUUUACCAUUAUCUCGUCUCUACAUCUGUUCUUUAUGGGCAUCUGUUUCAAGUGCCAUUAUUACUUGUGAUAAUCCGAGCCAGUUCCUGUUCAAUUAAUGACGCGGAAUUUCGUAUCUCGUUUACUCACAAAAUAUAGGGACCGUUUCUUGUGUUUGCCAUCUGAUGGAAAUACGAAGAAUUUUAUACAUUUAUUUUAAUUUGAAGUGUAAUUAAAGAUUUAUUUUACAUACGGGAAUGAGUGGGUUAAUUUAUGUGUUAGAAUUUUUCUCUUGUAUUACGCAACUUAAAAGAGUAGUAGAAAGGACCAGGGAUUAAGUUACAAAGUAUUUUAAUACCAGUAGAUUUAUUUGAAAUAAGUUUUGUUUCUAAAUAUAUGUGGCUGUCAAAUUAAAGAGAUUGUUGUUCGUGAGUAAACAUUUCAGACUGUUCUUUACUUGGCUCAGACUUCAAAAUAUUGCAUUUUUAAUACGAAAAUAUUGCCACAUUUAUCGAAACAGUCUCGUUUAGUAAGUAAUUGGCAUCGUAAUAAUUUAGAUAUUUUCAACGUGGAAUUCUGAAAAUUGGCGCGAAUAAUAUGUAUGCAAAAAAAACGUAAUAUGGUUCCUGGAAUUCUAAACACGAAAGAACAUUCUGGGAAUGUGCCCUAAUACAAAAUUUUAUUUCCCUUGCAUACAAGGCCACACAAUUUACCAAUCUCAUCUUAAAUACAAUUCUGUAGUGGGAACCGUUGGUUUAACUAUCGAGUUUUCUUAAUGAACUCACUGAUUAAUUACAUAUUUUUGCUUUAAUUGUUUCAUCCUGGUUUGUUAUUUUUGUUGUUGUUGUAGUAUCGUAGUACGAUAACCAGUUUUAAAAAAUGUUACGCAAUGCAUAAAAUCAUACUAAAGUUCGUCUAUAAUAAUUCAUGGUCUUAAAAACGUGAAAUAUACGAUGGUAAAUUUCUAUAAUUCAACUGAUGUGUUACAAAAUUUAUAUUUUCAAUAUUCCUUUCAUCCAGUUCUGCAAUACGUUCUCUUUCUGCGUUGAUAAAUGUUCAAUAAAUAGUAAAUAAUACGAAUUUAUCCUUAGAAAUAUGUAUGUACAUACACAAGAUAAAUUUGUUAUGCAUUUGUUUUUAUAUACAAAUGUAAUGUGAUGUAUACAUUCUGUUGUUCAUUACAAUAUAAUUCUUUAAAUAAAUCUAAUGAGGAUGUA